GAGCCUUUGGCCUGGAACGCUAUACUGUGUUGAUCUACGUGCCAAUACUAGUCAACCAAAGCGCGUUAUCCUGCGACUCAAUUUCAGCGACUUCGAUGGCUCUGGACAGAAAUGACAAGAUCACCCGGAACCGUGAAGACAUAUCUUCGUUGGGUAGGAUACUCCGACGAAAUCGAGGGACAGCGACAUUUCAUCCAUGCCGAGCCUUUUCAGCAAUCAGAGCUACAGCCGAAAAGGUUAUAUGUCUUCAUCGACAUCGACUACAAGUCAUUCGUGAAUCUAAACAUUAGCCUGGCUCAGCACGAGAUUUAUGCGAUAAAGCGCAAUGACGACGGUCAACUAUCACUCCAAGAAAUCAUGACAAGCGGAUUUUCUGUCAGGACGUUUACCGCCGGGUCGGCUGAAGCAAAUGGAUGUAUGUCCUCACAGACUUUGAUCAUGCUUUGUCUAUUGGAACAGCCCUUGAGGUCGGAUUCGAAUCGUACGUACGGGCAUACCACAUGGCAGAAUUCUGCGAAGGGAUACAUACCGGGGUAUACGGUUCAGCGGGUGCCAUCACGGAGUAGUUUGCACUUGGCUCAAUACUUUGGCUCCUACUAACAGGAAAGGAACUUUACGGCGAUAUCGAUACUGUUGCGCACUUGUUGGGGAGUCUCCUCGAAUUAGUGGAAAUUGAUGGUCACGAGAAGCGAGCUGAAUCAGAGGACGUGUCUCUGUCAACAUUACUCGAGGCUCAGGACGCUGAAAGAAGAUGGGAGUCCGAGCUAUUCUAUAACAGUCUGUGAGACUAGA